GCGGGUCAGGGCGCAGCGGCUGACGGCGGGGGAGGAGCCGGGUCCGCUGCCGGGUGGAGGGGCCAGGCGAGUGUCCUUAUCCUAGCGAUUGGGGCUCGGGCCUGUAAGCCAGUUGGAGUCGCGUCGGCGAGAACGAUUGGGCCGAGCGGAGGAAGACAUGUUGCUCUUCGUGGAGCAUUUGUAGGGUUAAGUGGCAUGGGAUUUCUGUUUCUGAUAGUAAAUAGCAGGUGACAUCUAAAGGAACUGGUUUAAAUCCUAAUGCCAAAGUAUGGCAAGAAAUACCUCCGGGAAAUACUGAUGCUACGCCAGUAGCUCAUGGAACUGAAAGCUCUUGGCAUGAAACAGCAGCUACAUCAGGGUCUCUUCCUGAGGGUAAUAGAGAACUUGCAGAUGAUAUGUGUAAGGAAUAUGAAGUAAUGUAUUCAUCUUGUGAAACCACAAGAAAUAUUACAGGCAUUGAAGAAUCAACUGAUGGAAUGAUUUUGGGGCCAGAAGAUCUGAAUUAUCAAAUAUAUGAUGUUUCUGGGGAAAGCAACUCAGCAAUUUCUACAGAAGAACUAAAAGAGUGUUUAAAGAAACAAUUAGAAUUCUGUUUCUCACGAGAAAAUUUGUCAAAGGAUCUUUACCUGAUAUCUCAAAUGGACAGUGAUCAGUUCAUCCCAAUUUGGACAGUUGCUAACAUGGAAGAAAUUAAAAAACUGACCACAGACCCUGACCUAAUUCUUGAAGUUUUGAGAUCUUCUCCCAUGGUGCAAGUUGAUGAGAAGGGUGAGAAAGUGAGACCAAGUCAUAAGCGUUGUAUUGUGAUUCUUAGAGAGAUUCCUGAAACAACACCAAUAGAGGAAGUAAAAGCUUUGUUUAAAAAUGAAAACUGCCCCAAGGUGAUAAGCUGUGAGUUUGCGCACAAUAGCAACUGGUAUAUUACUUUCCAGUCAGACACAGAUGCACAACAGGCUUUUAAAUACUUAAGAGAAGAAGUUAAGACAUUUCAGGGCAAGCCAAUCAUGGCAAGGAUAAAAGCCAUCAAUACAUUUUUUGCUAAGAAUGGUUAUCGAUUAAUGGAUUCUAGUAUGUAUAGUCAGCCCAUUCAAACUCAAGCACAGUAUGCCUCACCGGUCUUCAUGCAGCCUGUAUAUAAUCCUCACCAACAGUACUCUGUCUAUAGUAUUGUGCCUCAGUCUUGGUCUCCAAAUCCUGCACCUUACUUUGAAACACCACUGGCUCCCUUUCCCAAUGGUAGUUUUGUGAAUGGCUUUAAUUCACCAGGAUCUUAUAAAACAAAUGCUGCCGCUGCCGCCGCCGCCGCCGCCGCUGCCGCCGCCGCUGCUGUAAAUAUGGGUCGACCAUUCCAAAAAAAUCGUGUGAAGCCUCAUUUUAGGUCAGGUGGUUCAGAACAUUCAACAGAGGGCUCUGUGUCGUUGGGGGAUGGACCAUUGACCAGAUCUGGUUCAAGGAACUUUGCAACUGAACGACAUAAUCCUGCAGUAACAGGGCAUCAGGAACAAAGCUACCUUCCAAAAGAAACUCCCACUUUGCAGAUGGAACAGAAUGGGGACUAUGGCAGGGGCAGGAGAACUCUCUUCAGAGGUCGAAGACGUCGGGAAGAUGAAAGGAUCCCAAGACCCCAUCCUUCAACAGCUGAAGCAAAGGUUCCCACACCAAAGUUUGACUUACUAGCCUCAAAUUUUCCUCCUUUACCUGGAAGUUCAUCAAGAACCCCAGGUGAACUUGUUUUGGAGAGCAGGAUGUCUGAUGUUGUUAAGGGUGUCUGCAAAGAAAAGGAUAAUGAAGAGUUCAGAGUUAGCUGCCCAGUGCCUGCAGAAGAUGGACAGACAGAUUGCACCUCUGCCCAGCAACUCAGUAUGAGCCCCAGUCCCCCAUGUACAGCUGAGCUUUCUGCAUUAAGCACAACUCAACCUGAAAAGGAUCUAGUAGAGGAUUCCACUGUUCAGAAGGAUGUUCCCAGCCAGCCAACAGUACCAGUUUCUUCCCCGAGUACUGCAAAGCCAUCGAGAACAAAUACUGCUUCACCAUGUAAUAGUAACAUAAGUGCAGCUGUAGCUGUGGCCCUGCAGGAACCUCGAAAGCUCAGUUAUGCUGAAGUGUGCCAGAAGCCCCCUAAAGAGCCAGCUCCAGCUCUUGCGCAGCCACUGAGAGAGCUGCGCUCCAAUGCAGUAUCUCCCACCAAAAAUGAAGAGAAUGGAGCUCCUGAGAAGUCAUUUGAGAAACAACACGAGAAGCCAGAAGCAAAGGCUAGUAAGGAUUACUCUGGCUUCCGAGGCAAUGCCAUUCCCAGGGGAGCAGCUGGAAAAAUCAGGGAACAGAGACGCCAGUUUGGCCAUAGGUCUAUACCUCAGGGAGUGACUCGACGUAAUGGCAAAGAGCAAUAUGUGCCACCCAGAUCACCAAAGUAAAAAACAAAGUGAAAACUAUUCAAAACCUUCUCUCUCUUCCCAUUAAACUUGAGCCGUGGCUAUACUGAACUGUUUUGGAGGGGAGGGGGUGGCCAGGAAAGAAGCAAGAGAAAGUGCAUCCUUAAAUCAUUACGGAUUUUGGAGUUGUGAGCAGUAGAAUCCCAAAAUUCAUCUCUAAAGUGAUUUUAAAAUGCUGGAGGAUUCCAAUCAGUAUAAAUAUAUAUAUAUAUAUGUAUACAUAUAUAAAAAUAUAAUUUUUCUAUUUUUGUUUUUGAUUUUAAUUUGCAGAGAACUUCUGCCUGGAAUCAAUUUUGAGGGUUCAGAUUUAGCUUGGGAAAAAAACAUAUUACACAUCCUUCAGUAGGAGACGAGGGAUUGAGAGAAAAUAUUUUUUGAAGAAGCAUUUCUGUAAAAUUAGAAAUUAAUUUUUUUAAUCUAUUUAAAGUUUGGCUUGGAGAAUGCCAUUUCUGCCUAUAUGGCCUUGUGUUGCAAAACAGAUCAGUGGCUGGGGUGCCUGUUGUGGUGUGAGUGUGUGCAAGUGUGAUUGAAGCCAAAUCUGUUGUCAUGUUAGUAAAUGAUUUGAAAACUGAAUGUAAUACUUGAGUAGAUUUUUUUUCCAGUUUGAAAUUUAGUCUGUCUGUUCAACCUUACUAAUAUUUCAUUCAACAAGCUGUUAAACUCUGAUUGUACUUAGAGAUAUGACUACCAAUCAGUUUGAAAUUCAAGGAAAGAAUGGGGGUUAUUCAAAAAAUUGCAAUUUUGUGGUAGAUCUGAGUGGGUGGGUCAAACGGAGUUCAGAGGUUUAAGCAGCCCUGUGAUUCUCCCCAGCCCCCUAAAAUAGGAAACAGUUUUCUUUUGUUAACUUCAUUUGUACUCUCAGUUCUUUGACUACCCACCCCCAAAAGCAAAAAAUAACCAACCAACUAUAGAAUUGUAUGUUUCUAACUGCCUUUAUCAGUCUAGUCAAAUCAUAACUGUUCUAAAUUUCUGACUUGAACAUUGAAGUAUUUUACUCUUCUGGUCAUGUAUUUAGAACUUAGAUCCCAGAAUGGUAGGGCAGGCUGACCCUACAAUAAUUUAUUUGUUAGUGUUAAAGAUGAAACGUUGUAGCCAACUCUUAAAGUGUUAAAUAGUGUAGACAUUAAAAGAAAUUUCUUUUUAAAGGCUUAAUUUGGGACAACUUUUUUCUGUUUACAAUUUAUUUAUCACCUCCUUUCUUUCUCUUUCUCAAAAAAAAAAAAAAAGUUUGGAAUUCACAGAAACAGAGCCAGCAAGUUACAAAAUUUUUGAGUUAAUGAGUUAGAAAGAUAACUAAAAUUAACAUAAUUUCUCAGUGAAUACAGUUGUAACUCUUAUAUGAAAUAGGCAAGUUUACAUGCUGGUGUUUAGAAAAUGGCUGAAAAAUCAAAAACCAUGUUGCAUUAAUCUGUUUUAAGUCAUACCAUUUUCAGAGUUCUGUGUUUUCUCUUUAGGGAUGGUUUGUGAUAGUAAUAACUGUCCCUUAUGUUAGUGAAUUACAUUUGUACAAACUGAAACUGUAAAUUGUGAACACUGGAAAGCACCAUUGUGACAUAGAAUAAACAUCUUAGUAAUAUAUUAAAAUGAAUGUAAAUGGAGGUUAAAAUUACAUUACUGUGAAACUCAUCUUCCAACUCUAAGUUAAGCUUUGGAGAUUUGUAUUAAUAGGUAAUUGUUCAGAGCUUUGAAAACACUGCACAUUUCUGUACAAUCCAGAAUUAUCACUUCUUUGUAACUUAUUGUUCAGCUUGGCAAUUGCUUUUGAUUUGGUGGAUUGAUAACAUGAUAUAAUAUAUUUAAGCAGUUCGAAGCUAUUCAUUUCUACACACUAUUUUCUACUAAAUGAAACAUACAAUAAAACUACCUGUGUUGAAAUUUGGGGGAAGUUUAGGUCCUUUAAAGAAAAAAGAAGUAUUAAUAAUCAUUGACUACAUCUAUGAUAAAAGUGCUUAUUUUGGUUUACUUAGAUAAUGCUGCAGCUGGUGGAAUGAUAAGCAUUUAAAGUGUUAACACUCUGUGAAUGCAUUGGAUUUAAGAGAAUAAACAUUUUAUAAAAAUCACUUGGUAAGGAUUAUAAACUUAAUUAUUGCACUUAGAUGAAACUUUUUUUUUUUUACAAUGUGUCACAGAAAUAGGCCUUUAUUGUUUGUAUCCUUGUGUGUCUUAUGGUUAGUCUACCUGACUUCUAAAAACUAAAUGUUUUAAUUGAUACACAAGACAAAAGAGUUCUUUAAGAAAGCAAGUGUGUUCUUGCUUUUUCCAAGAAUGUUAUUGAAAGUAGAAAUUUUAAAACAUGACCAUUUAAAAAUUUCUUAUUAAAUACAGUGUUUUAACUUAAUUUGCCUCAUUACAGCUAAUAGUUUCCAUUUUGAUGGGAUGUAUAGGGAAGAAUAAUGUGUGUGUGUGUGUGUGUGUGUGUGUGUGUGUAUAUAAUAUAUAUUCACAGUAUGUAUUUAGCAUUUAUUUUAUUACAUCAGAUUAAGGUCUGUAUCUAAAUGAUGCCUGUGAGUUGUGUGAAACUGAUGGUUUUUUUGUCCAGCGUUACUCUGUAAACUGAUGAGGGUUGGGGCGUUCAUUGUAGUUUAACUAUUUAUUUGGUUCUUUAGAAGGCAGAAUUUAAAUGUCUAGAAUUUCUCUUCAUUCUUAUGACUUAAUACUUCCUUGGGUUGUUGAAGGGUAAAAGUAGAUACAAAUGAUAAUUGAGUGUGUGGUACAGUGAUCUUAUAUAUAGAGUUCUUAAGGUAUGAGGAGAAGAGUUAUACAAGUUCAUCACCUUGCACUUCAUAGAGAAGCUAUAUAGAGAUGGCAAAAUCUGCCUCCAUUUUCUAUCCAGAUAAUUAAGAUUUUCAUGUUAUCUAGGCCUGUCUUUAAUCUGAGUAAUUUCAUUUUUGCAAAUACACUGGCAUUUAAAGGAAUGAUCCAUCUAAAUUUUUUUCAACUGGAUUUUAGAAGAAGAUAUGAUCUUUCAGUGAUAUGAUUUUAUUGUUAUCAUAUGUGUUCAAUUUGCAUGUGAUCAAAUGACAUGCAGAUUUAUUUAUUUUGGGUUCCUAAAAAUUAAGGUAGCUUGAAUAUUGUUUUACAUUCCUUUUUCUUUUUUAAAUAACCAGGAUGGCUUUGGAGAAGGCUUCAUGAGAGUAUUAGCAUCUGCUGGAGCAGAAAAUAGUAUUUAAAAGUCACUGAACACGUUCUAAAGUUUUAUUAGAUGUGACAUUAAUAUGUAAUCUUUUGGCUUAAAUGUCCACUGGUUUUUUACUUUGACAUCGUUAAACAGUACUGGGCUUAAGUUUCUGAUAUAUAUAUUGGCCAUAUAUAUUAACCAUAUUUUUAAAGUACUGUUUUUGUUUUUACAGAAAAGGUAAAAUGCGAAAGUAUGUUCCUUUUGAGGGAUUUUUAUAAAUUCUUAACUACAAUUUAUGGCGUUCUUUCAUAACUUUUUACAUUUCUUUACAAUUUGGUGGCCAUUAAUUUAACCUAGGGCUUUUUGGUGUAUGCUAAUUUAACUAGUCUGAGAUUUCAAGAAGAAAUAUAGACAUUUCAGUCCUCAUUAAAUGAGAACAUUUUAAGAAGUUAAAAGAGAAUUUGUUUUCAAGUUGAGUGUAUUUUCUUUUAAAAGCCACCUGAUUGUUAAAUAGUUUCAAUUUUAUUUUUAAAAGCUGCAAAUUGUUGAGUAGACGGUUUCUAAAAGUACAAGUGAGAUAUCAAUAAGGCUGUGUAUAAAAUGGUUUUACUUUCAGUUAUGCAGCACAAAAUACUGAUUAGUAUAAGAAACAAUCUGCAUCAUUAUUGGGUUUUGUUUUUUUGGUUUUUGCUUGAUUCAGGUGUCCUUUGAGUGACAUCUCGUAAAUGUUUGGGCUUGGGAGUCAGAACCAGUUAUCUGGCUUCUCUUGUUCAUUGCUUAGGUUUGUUCUUGUUGUCCAAACUGCCCCCCAGCACCCCCUGACAUGUGCACAUGCUCAUGCAUAUUAUGUUAAAAUGAGUACAUCCUUGUAUUUGUAUUUUUGUUUUCAACAUUGCCAAGGUGCUAUCGGAAAUUAAAAUAACACAAAAUUAGAAAAAAUAAAAUUAUUAAAAAGCA